UUUGACUGUUUACUACUGUUCUUAUCCAGCUCAUAAAAGUUAUCGGCUAGAAGGAGGGUCUGGCGGGCAAUUUUUACAUACUCUGGUGCUUUUGUUCGGGUGGUUUCUUCGGCUAUCAAUACCCGUGCCUAUUUUCCGAUAUUUGAUCGGCUGGCUAAAGUCGAGGACAUUAUAUUACUGUUAUUCUUCAAUUGGUUGCAGCUAUGAAGUUUUUCUUAUUUUUGCUUAUUUCGAGCUUCUGGCUCCUACAAUGCGUUUUUUGCACUUCGCCAGAUUUCAUUAAGGAACAUCAUAUUCCCGACGAUCUCAAUGGGUCCAACUUCACCUACCCAUGGCCGGUCAAACUGUUCCAGUUCAGCACCCAAAAGGCUCAGACUCUAGAAAUGGCCUUCAUGGAUGUCGCGCCAAUCGGCCCCGCGAAUGGCAAAACGGCAAUCCUUCUCCAUGGGAAAAACUUCUGCGGUCCGACGUGGUCAGCUACAGCUAUCGUUCUUGCUAAGGCUGGCUAUCGAGUCAUUCUGCCUGACCAAAUUGGAUUCUGUAAAUCUCAAAAGCCCGAUCGCUACCAAUUCAGUCUUCAGCAGCUUGCCGCAAACACGUAUCGACUCAUUGCAAAACUUGGGAUAUCGAAAGUCACUGUCAUCGGCCAUUCGAUGGGAGGGAUGUUGGCUGCGAGGUUCUCUCUCAUGUACCCAGCUAAUGUUACUGAACUCAUCCUGACCAAUCCUAUUGGGUUGGAAGACUGGAAGGCACUGGGUGUGCCCUAUAUCGACACAGACAUCACGUGGAUCCAAGAGAAAUCAAGCACUUACGAUUCCAUUCGUGGGUAUGAACAAGCUACAUAUUACGUUGGUACUUGGGAUGACAGCUAUGAUAUCUGGGUCAACAUGUUAGUGAACAUCUACAGAGGAAGCAAGGCCGACAAGUUUACAUGGAACCAGGCUUUGAUUGUGGACAUGGUUCUGACUCAGCCAAUCGUUUACGAAUUCUCUCUUCUCAAGGUGAAGACGCUGCUGUUGAUCGGUGCAAAAGACAACACCGCAAUUGGGAAGCAGUGGUCCCCUCCCGAUGUUCAGGCAAAGCUCGGACAUUACGAUGUCCUCGGUCCACAGACUGCCGCUGCAAUUCCUGGCUCCACGUUAAUCAUGUUUCCUGAUCUUGGACACGCACCUCAGAUCCAGGCACCUGAUCGAUAUCAUGAAGCACUUAUGGGAUGGCUCAAGGGAUAGAUUACGCGAGGUAGAAGCCUUGGUACUUUGUCAAUAUUGUAAUAGUGUAUAUAAUUCCGAGAGAUGGCGAAUACAUGUUUCUUCAUACGCUCGAUUUCACAGAUCGUCCAUCAGUCAAGGUUCUAUCAAAGCCGUAGAUUCGUUUAUAUAUUAUCUUCGCUCCAUCAAAUGGCA